AAUGUGGAGUCUUGAUAUAAGUCUGUGUGUUGUUUUUUUGUAAGGUAUAAGAAGCCUGAGGAGCGCCAGCCAUUGGUCGCUGCUAUGCAGAUCUUUAUGCCCAUGUUGAAGGACCGAUUCAUACAGCUGCUGCCGGACCCCUCCAACGACUCUGUCCUUGUGCAGAAACAGAUCUUCAAGAUCCUUUACGCUCUCUUCCAGUACAACCUCCCUCUGGAGCUGAUCAAUCGCCAGAAUCUGACCGAGUGGAUGGAGAUUCUGAAGACUGUCGUGGACCGAGAUGUUCCUCCAGAGACGCUUCAGGUGGAUGAAGACGAGAGGCCUGAGCUGCCCUGGUGGAAAUGCAAGAAGUGGGCGCUUCACAUCCUCGCCCGGCUCUUCGAAAGGUAUGGCAGCCCUGGCAACACAACCAAAGAGUACACAGAGUUUGCAGAGCUUUUCCUCAAGGGUUAUGCCGUGGCUGCACAGCAGGUACUGUUGAAGGUGUUGUAUCAGUAUAGGGAAAAGCAAUACGUGGCUCCCAGAGUCUUGCAGCAGACACUGAAUUACAUCAACCAGGGAAUUGCACACGCUGUUACCUGGAAGAACCUAAAGCCACACAUCCAAGGAAUCAUUCAGGACGUGGUGUUCCCCCUCAUGUGCUACACAGACAGCGAUGAAGAGCUCUGGCAGGAAGACCCUUACGAGUACAUCCGCAUGAAAUUUGAUGUUUUUGAAGACUUCAUCUCCCCCACCACUGCAGCUCAGACGCUUCUCUUCACUGCAUGCAACAAAAGGAAGGAGGUGCUGCAGAAGUCCAUGGGCUUCUGUUAUCAGAUACUAACAGACCCGGCCUGUGACCCCAGGAAAAAAGACGGCGCUCUUCAUAUGAUCGGCUCGCUGGCUGAGAUUCUUCUCAAGAGGAAGAUCUACAAAGACCAGAUGGAGUUCAUGUUGCAGAAUCAUGUCUUCCCUCUGUUCCGCAGUGAGCUGGGUUACAUGAGAGCCAGGGCCUGCUGGGUUCUUCAUUACUUCUGCGAGGUCAAGUUCAAGAUUGACCAGAACUUGCAGACAGCCCUCGAGCUCACCCGCCUGUGUCUGAUCAACGACAACGAGAUGCCUGUUAAAGUGGAGGCUGCCAUCGCCCUCCAGGUCCUCAUCAGCAAUCAGGAGAAAGCCAAAGAUUACAUCACCCCCCAUAUCCGGCCCGUGAUGCAGGCCCUCCUCCAAAUUGUGCGUGAGACCGAGAAUGACGAUCUUACCAACGUCAUCCAGAAGAUGAUCUGCGAGUACAGUGAGGAGGUCACACCAAUCGCUGUAGAGAUGACCCAGCAUUUGGCCAUGACCUUCAACCAGGUGAUCCAGACAGGGCCUGAUGAGGAAGGAGGUGACGAUAAAGCAGUGACCGCCAUGGGCAUCCUUAACACCAUUGACACACUGCUGAGUGUAGUGGAGGACCAUAAAGAGAUUACCCAGCAGUUAGAGGGCAUCUGUCUGCAGGUGAUCGGCACAGUCCUCCAGCAGCACGUCCUGGAGUUCUACGAGGAGAUCCUGUCUCUGGCCCACAGUCUGACAUGUCAGCAGGUAUCCCCUCAGAUGUGGCAGCUGCUCCCUCUGGUCUAUGAGGUCUUCCAACAAGACGGAUUUGACUAUUUCACAGAUAUGAUGCCACUUCUCCAUAACUACAUCACAGUUGACACAGACACACUCCUGUCUGACACCAAAUACCUUGAAAUAAUCUACAGUAUGUGCAAAAAGAUUUUGUCAGGAGACCCAGGGGAGGACCCAGAAUGCCAUGCGGCCAAGCUGUUGGAGGUCAUCAUUCUACAGUGCAAAGGUCGUGGUAUUGACCAGGUGGUGCCCUUGUUUCUAACGACCGCUUUGGAGCGUUUGACGCGUGAAGUGAAGACCAGCGAGUUGAGGACCAUGUGUCUGCAGGUGGCCAUCGCUGCACUCUAUUACAGCCCUCCUCUGCUCCUCAACACACUGGAGAAUCUGCGCUUCCCCAACAACACUGAGCCCAUCACCAACCACUUCAUCUCCCAAUGGCUCAAAGACAUCGACUGCUUCCUCGGGCUCCACGAUCGAAAGAUGUGCGUGUUAGGACUGUGCGCUCUAAUGGAUCUUGAUCAGAGGCCACAGGCUGUCAAUCAGGUCGCAGGUCAGCUCCUCCCUGCAGCCAUUCUUCUGUUCAACGGCCUGAAGAGGGCCUAUGCCUGCAGGGCUGAACAUGAAAAUGACGAGGAUGAGGAUGGAGAGGAUGGCGAGGAGGAAGAGGAGAAUGCCGAGUUAGGCAGUGAUGAAGACGACAUAGAUGAUGAAGGCCAGGAUUACCUUGAAAUGCUAGCUAAACAAGCAGGAGAGGACGGUGAUGAUGAAGACUGGGAGGAAGAUGAUGCAGAGGAGACCGCUCUUGAGAGUUACACGACCUUAGUUGACGACGAGGACAACCUUGUUGAUGAAUACCAGAUCUUCAAAGCCAUAAUACAGAAUGUCCAGGCCCGUGACCCAGCAUGGUACCAGGCGCUCACACAGUGUCUCGAUGAGGAACAAAGAAAGCAACUUCAGGAUAUUGCAACACUCGCAGAUCAGCGACAAGCAGCACAUGAAUCAAAGAUGAUUGAGAAGCAUGGAGGAUACAAGUUUGCAGAUCCGGUUGUGCCAUCCAAUUUCAACUUUGGUGGCAGCGCCCCUGGGAUGAAUUGAGUCCUCUCUUUCCCUUCCCCUUUCUAACUGUGACUGAAUGUAGUGAAAUGAAAACACUUGUGUUGCUCCCUGAAGUAGUGGUUCCAGAACUGGUUCUUCUCUCUCACUCUUCAAUCUGACUAUCAAAUUUGAACAGCACCAGAAGAUGUGGGAAGGCAACCAAUGCCUGGGAAAACAAACCAAUAACUUGAACGCUAAGCAAGUGGGGAAAAAAAAAAAAAAAAAAAAAAAACCUCUGAACAAUGUUGUCUUAUGAAAUCCAAAAAUAAGAGGGAUGCCAAAAUGGCAGCUCCCACACACAUACUACAGGGGCUAAUUAAUUGAAAUUGAGACAGUCAAAAUUGUCACUGUAUGGGCCAAAGGGCCUUUUCAAGAUUAUACCUCUGGCAGUAGUGUGUCAACGUUUUUCUUCAUCAAAAAAACAAAAACAAA